AUGUGGAAGCCAACAGCUUCAGCAGAUACUUCGGAAGUGCCGCGCGGAGGAAUCACAGUUGACUUCCAGGUCAUUCAGUCGCGAAUAGAGAAGCUCAAUGCCACCUUGGACGAUGCGUUUGGGAAGGAGAUAGUGAACUCUGGUUGCCGUGGGCAUCUUCGCGACACCAAUCAACGUCUUCCGUUGACAUUUUUCAGUGAUGGUCUCAAGUUGGCGAAUUACGCUUUUGUGCCUUUUGCAAUGACUUCCGCACAAGAAAUCAUUCGAAAUCUGCUUGACGGCUACUUGCCGCGCGUCUUGCGGGAAGAUUAUCCAGAAGGCGUGGCGCUUCAGGCCGUCGACCGCACCAAGCACAGCUUCCGGACCUGGCUAGCGGACGCAGCUGGAGAUGCUGAACUUUGCGACGGGGGUGAUCGCUUGCAGCCUGCAGGAGUUCGGACCGUAAACAAGGACAGCCACACUGCAUCAGAGCGAUUUGUGGCAAAGCUUCCUGAACGUGUCAUGCGAAAUGGUCAGGUCUGUCAGGUGCGUGCGGCGGUUGCUCAGAGGCUUGGGAUAGCAAAUCCGUCAGAUCGAAGCUCUUCUGCGCCACCCAGCUCUGAAGUCUCCUUGCUGCAGCCAGAUCGCCCUGCCAGCGCACCCGCUGCACGCUUGCAGGUGAAGCUGGAAGGCGGCCAAAAGGUGCUUCUGAAGAUGGAGUUUGGUGACACGGUGGGGGAUCUCUGGCGGGCCCUUUCUGAGUGGCGCUCCAAAAACAGGGUGGCUCGUGCUCGACCAGGAUGUGUUCUCAGGACUGCCUUUCCGCCGAAGGCAUACACAGACAGGACUGAAACUUUGGAAGCAGCUGGGCUCACACCAAGUGCCACACUAUUCGUCAGCUGCGAGGCAGUCGAUCAAGAGCAUCCUGCCUGA